ACCCUCCCUUCCUCCUGCGUUCACAGCUUGCUAGCUGUUCACAAGCGUUCACUCCUCCCUCACUGACUCACUCCCCUCUUUCUUCUUCCCCACACGCUAGCGCGUUCACUCCAAAUGGCAGCGUGAGCUCAGCCCAGCUCGCUUCAGUCUCGCCGAGCUUGCGUGGGUGAUGGCGUGGUAGGUGGUAGGUGCCUAGCGAGCGAGCGAGCGGGGCUUGUCGUCUCGUCGACCGAGGGCGUGCGCCGGCCGUCGGCCGUUUGUUUGCACGCGCGAUGCCAAUGCCAAUGCCCGCGCGGCGGCGGCUGCUCGUGCUCGUGCUCCUGCACCUCCUCUUCCUCCUCCCUUCUUCCUCCGCCUCCCUCCAUCGCCGCCGCGACGGCAGCCAUCACCAGUGGCACGGCGGGAGGAGGGCGCUGCACGAGCCGCUGUUCCCUCUCGAGAGCGCGCCGGCGCUGCCGCCCCCGCCCCCCGCGCCCUUCUUCCCGUUCCUGCCCGACGCGGCGCCUCCGCAGCCGCCUACGGUGGCCAACCCCGCGCCAGCUGCCGUCGGCGUCGGCGAUGUGGGCGCCGGCGGCGACCCGUCGUCCUCCUCGCUGCCGAACCCCACGGCGCCGGCCAACAUGUCCUCCCUGGCCUUGCCGGUCCCCCGCAGCACGCCGGCGCCGCUCCGCGCGUUCCUCUCCUCGCACCGCCUGCUCACCGUCCUCCUCCUCGUCGCCGCCGUGGCCUCCGCCGUGCUGGCCGCCGCGCUCGUCUACCUCCUCGCCCGCCGCCGCCGCGGCCGACCCGAGCCCGAACCCGAAGCGUAUGAAAAGCCGGCCUUGCCUAAGCCUUCGACGGCCAAGCCCGCGCUCCACGAUGACGACCAGCACCCCCGGGGCUCCACCGCCACCAUCUCCAGCACCAGCUCGCCAGAGCUCCGGCCCAUGCCGCCCCUGCCUCGCCAGUUCCAGCAGCAGGCAAGGAUGAGCCCGCUGUCAAGCCCCAUCCUUGAGGACAGAAUAGGGAACAUCCGGGCGCCGCCGGUGAGUGUUCCACCGCCAGCGCCGCCCCCACCACCUCCUCCGCCAAUGCCACCGAGCAAAGGCAACGGGCGCGCGCAAACGGCACCUGCACCUCCAACGCCGCCCCCUCUGCUGCCGCGAGCCGGCAACGGAAGCGGCUGGCUGCCGAGGCGGCUCUCCGAGCGCCCCGCGCCCACGGUGAUCCGGGCCUCGGCGGGGGCAGUCCACCCCGAGGAGUCGCCGCAGUCGGAGGAGAAGGACGUGGACGCCGGCGCGGCUGCUCUACCAAAGCUGAAGCCGCUGCACUGGGACAAGUUCCGCGCGAGCUCCGGCCGGCCGACGGUGUGGGACCAGCUCAAGGCAAGCUCAUUCCGAGUGAACGAGGAGAUGAUCGAGACAUUGUUCGUCUCCAACUCGACGAGGAGGAUGCCCAAGAACGGAUUCAAGGAGGCAAACGGGGCACCCUUCAACCAGGAGAACAAGGUGCUCGACGCGAAGAAAUCGCAGAACAUCGCGAUCAUGCUGCGGGCGCUCGACGCCACCAAGGAAGAAGUGUGCAAGGCCCUGCUUGAUGGCCAGGCAGAUAGCCUAGGAACUGAGCUGCUGGAGAUGCUGCUGAAGAUGGCCCCUACUAGAGAGGAAGAGCUCAAGCUUAGAGAGUACAGGGAGGAUGCUCAGUCGAAGCUCGGCCCCGCCGAGAGCUUCCUCAAGGCGGUGCUCGGGAUACCGUUCGCCUUCAAGAGGGCGGAGGCGAUGCUCUACAUCGCCAACUUCGAUUCGGAGGUCGAUUACCUCAAGACCGCCUUCAAAACCCUCGAGGCAGCAUGUGAGGAGCUCAGGGGCAGCAGGCUGUUCCACAAGAUCUUGGAUGCCGUCCUGAAGACGGGUAACCGGAUGAACACCGGCACGAACCGCGGGAACGCUCACGCCUUCAAGCUUGACUCGCUCCUCAAGUUGGUCGAUAUAAAGGGCACAGAUGGCAAGACGACGCUCCUGCACUUCGUCAUUGAAGAGAUCACCAAGUCCGAGGGUGCCAACAUUGUAGCCACGAGCCCAACAAAAGACAAGGCGAGCACCGUUGCAGAUGAUUUCCAGUGCAAGAAGGUUGGCCUGAAGAUUGUGGCUAGCCUCGGCGGUGAGCUCAGCAACGUCAAGAAGGCGGCAGGAAUGGACUCCGACUCGCUGGCCAGCUGCGUCUCGAAGCUCUCAGCCGGUGUGAGCAAGAUCAGCGACGUCCUGCAGCUGAACCAGCAGCUCGGUUCGGAUGAGCGCUGCAAGAGGUUCCGCGCCUCCAUCGGGGAGUUCCUGCAGAAGGCCGAAGCCGAGAUUACGGCGGUGCAGGCUCAGGAGGGACUCGCCCUCUCCCUCGUCAGGGAGACGACCGAGUUCUUCCACGGCAACUCUGCCAAGGAGGAAGGCCACCCACUGAGGAUCUUCAUGGUGGUGCGCGACUUCCUCGCCGUUCUCGACCGCGUCUGCAAGGACGUCAGCAGGAUGAACGAAGGGAAGGCGCCAGUGGGCUUCAGCACCUCGCGCCGGGUGGAGGCCGCGGCGGUUCCUCCACAGUUCAGUGCAGCAGCGCAGUCCAGCAGCUCCGAGGAAGAGACCUCGUCGUCAUCGUCGUAGUAGCCGUCAGUAGCCAUGAUACUGAAUGUCUCAGCUUGGAAUCUGCAUCUUAGCUAUUGUCUAGAGGAGCAGCAAUGCAGGAACCCAACCUAUGAUCAUAACUAGUAUUCCGUAUUUUGUAACUUCAGCAGAUAAGUGUAGAUCAAAGCCUAUAUAAUGUAGUAGUACAUGAUGAUGAUUCCGCAUGCUA